UUCGAAACGGAUACGAAAAAUAGGAGUGGUUUGUUGACGAUCGAUUUUUAUGUUUGUAAACAGAAAUUAACGCUCUAUGGCAUUGAAUUAAUUUUUAUAAAGUGCUAAAUAAUAAAUAAAUAGAAAGCUAAUCCUUUUUUAAAAACAUUUAUUAACUAUGUGAUGAGAAUUCUGAAGACAAAAUAUUUAGAAUGAUUAUCUCAAAAAAGGCAUGAUCAUAUAUCACUUCGAGUAAGCACCGACAAAUUUUUGUAUAUUGAAUUUUGAACUAAAAUUUUGAUUCAUUUCUGUAUCGUUCUAGUCAUACAAUUACAAUGGCGAUAUUAAAACGAUGCUGGACUCCUUUCAUGGUAUAUUCGUGGACCACCGUCAAGCUUGGUUGCUAUUAUGCUUCUCUGUAUACAGCUGUUUUCCAUGUUCUCUUCAUUACAUAUUCGUUAUAUACGAUGGAUGGAGGAAAAUCCGAUGAAUUUUACAGUCCCUUUUUCGAAUUCAGCAAAUAUGGUACUGUAAUCAUCGGUUCCUGUGCUAUUAUUUACAGUUUUGUAUUCCUGAUGAUGUGCGCCAUGCUAAUAUAUGGCGUUAAAAACGAAAACAGAUGCAUGUUCUAUCCCUGGAUGAUAGGUAUGACACUGGAAAUCUUAAUUAUGAUUUGUAUGGGAAUAUGGUUCAUUUUCCGUUAUUAUCAUAACAGUUAUUCUUUUCUGGCUGCAUUUAUACUCUGGUGUAUUGAUGGAUUGCAUUUAUAUUGUUUGCUGUGUGUUAUCUCGCAAUACCAAGUAUUCAAAGAACUCCAGGAGCCCAAAUUUGUUAUUUUAUACCCUUAGUAUUCUUGGAUUAAGAGGACUAUGUCCUUAGAUUUUACAAAGAAAAAAGAACUGAUUUAAUACUUGUAACAUUUUUAACAAACAAUCCUCUAAGAACAUUGCAUAUAUGAUGAACUUAAUAAUAUUCAUAAGAGGAUCUGAAUUGCACUUUACAUAUAUUGUAUGUAGGCAACUUUAUAUUGGAAAUUUAUCUUGGGAAAAAUAUGUGGUAUAAGGUGAAUUUUCUUUUAGAAUAUAUGGCACAUUACACCCAAAGACGUAAUUUCUAUUGGUUGAAUGUGUGUUUUCUUAUUGCAUGUACACUUAAUUCUAAUAAUGCUGUAUAAAUUUAAAGCUUUUAGAUUUUAUUUUGAUGUAUUAUGGUAUCGGCAGUUGUUGAAAUAAUGAUAAUCUAUCGUAAUCUUAUUUAAAUAUAGCAAUUUUCAGGGUAAUAUUGUUUAUUCCGUGCAUUAUUUACAUUUUAUCAAAACUAUUUUAGAAAAGAUAUAUGAUGAGUGGAUUGCUUCUAAGUACUUAUCUUUAUGUUUUUCUUUGUUAAAUAUACAGAUUUUUCCUGUUUAUAAUUUUUAGAACAUUCCAUCAGAAUAUGUCAAUUAUCCUGCCAUAAUAAACACUAGGUAUCAUAAAAUAUAUUUUAGUGUGCUUCAAGUAUUGUUUUUUAUAAUUUGCAAACAUGUAAUUUAAAACUUUCUUUAACGUAUUCGAUUUCAGUCAUUUUUUUUAAAAUUUCAUUUCUUAAAUGAGUAUGUUUAUCUGAUUUUUUUAGGAACAUAUUUUAUUUGAAAUAAUGAUUCUUAUGUUAUGUAUUUUCUGUCUUUUGUUAAUAAAUAUGCAUUAUACAUUGUUAGGAAUGACAUGUACAAUUUUAUCAUCUUUUAUUAAAGUUGUUAACAGUGUUACAGUUGGUUAGUGAUUGAUAUUGCCCUUUGGUAAAUAUAAAUAUGCAUGUUAUCAUCGUAUUACACAUUUCAAAUGUGUAAUCAUGAUUUUUAUAAUAGAAAUAAAGUAUGCAUUUUCAAAUUUGGAUAACAUAUGAAAAGAGUAAAAUAUUUUCAUCAUAUUUAUACGAAAUUUGUAAAACAUGUCCUUAAAUAAAUUCAGCCUAACUGAAGAAUAAUCUACUAACACUGAACCAUAAUUUUUCAAUGACAACUUGCUAAAUGUUAUAACCUAACCACAUUCUUUAGUUUUGAGGAUCGAUAGUAUUUCAAAUAGUUUACAUUGCCAAUAAAUCUGUAAAUGCAUGUUAAUUUUCCCCAGAUGUCAAUUUAGCAACAGGUUGUUAUAUAUUGCAGUAAGUUUUAUAAUUUGUUAUGAUUUUUUUUCCCCCUUUGCUGUAAUUGUGAUAAUAAUACCAGUGUAACAGAAACUGCUCUACUAAAUGAAGAAUCUCGCUUAUAUAUAUAGCUUCUGUAAACUAUUGUUUGUGUGGACAUUGAAUACACUUGAAAAUAAGUAUUGAUUUUAUAGUAGUUUAGUUUAACUGAGAAGUUUAAAGACAUUACUUUUAUCCUUCUAAGUUAUCGCCCUGCCUUUUAUGUUCACUAUAGAAACCAGAUACUGAUAAUUAUUAUGUUUUUUAAGAAUCUCUCAGUGAAAUUUUCUUCUCUUUAUAAAUAUUUUAUUGCAAUUUAUAUUUUUAAAAAAUGGUUUAUCUAUAUUUUAAUGCUUAUCGAUCUUAUUUGAAAAUUUUAGAUUAAUAAUUUGCACAAUUGAUAAAAACAGUGUUUAGUUCAGUAAUAUAGUAAUAGUUAUGCAUGCCUUAUAAAUAAAUAUAAUAGAUUUUUUUUGAAAAUAAUUUUUUAUUUUAAAAAAAUAUUUUUUUAUUUGAAUGAAUAUUUAAUUUUUUUAAAGAACUUCUCAGGUUGCUAAAUUAUUAUCAUUGUAAGAAUUUUGCAGCUAAAAAAAUAUGCAUAUUUUGCUUUUUCGUAUCAUUUAUUGUUAAUUAUGUGUAAGAUUUAAUUACAUUUUAAAAAAUUUUAAACUUUGUUUGAAUUUAAUUUUGAUUGGUUUUCCAUGAGGAGUUAUUCAUUUUACAUUAAAUUUAAUUAGCGUUUUUUAUUGCUUGAUUUUAAUUACGAAGAUCAACUUUCAAAAUGCACUUAUUUAAAUACUUAUUACAACUCAAUUUUCCACAAAGCAAAUACUAUUCAAACAAGAAAAUGCAUUUAAAAUUUUGUUAGAUAUUACAUGUUCUUUUAAGUAUUUGCCAAACUAGUUUGUUGAUUCAGAUAUCAAAGCAAGCAAAAGACAAAUUCUAAAUUUAAAAAUGAAAAUAGGUUGCAUUUUUACCUAUUAUUGUGCUGAAAUAUUACAAUUCAUUGAAUGUGGUUAAAUUCUACUUUUCAGUGUGGUCACAUUGUGAGGUAAGGAAUUUGGGUUUUAUCACCAAAAUAACAAUCCAAACUACAGAGCAAAAUAGAUUGGCAUAGAAUGGCCAUUCUUGAAUAUUUUGCUUCUUAGCAUUGACAAAGGCUGGAUCUUUGAUGCAUAUGCCAGAAAUGAUUUUCUUUGUAAUAUAUUUAAAAUAUUUUACUGUGAAUAAAUAAUUGAAUGGAAUAUUAUAAUAUCCUAAUUUCUACUUGGUGCUUAAUUUUGAAACUAAUGAUAUGACCUCAUAUUUCUUUUUUUAAAUCAGUUUUAAAGAAAUGAAAUUUUUCUAAACCAAACAAGCUUUUACUCCACACUUGUUGAAUAUGGCUAUUAGAUGUAAAAUAAUCUGUCACUCUUGAAUAUGAAACUGUUUUUGUAAUAAAUACUUUGAAGUAUUACUUCAGCUGUGCACAUUGUAAUACUUUUAUGUGCAAAGUGAUACUUUUCAUUACAGAAUUCAUAUUUCAGCAAACGUAAAUUCAUUUUAAGAAAACUUCAUCAAAUUAAAAUUCAAAAUAAAAUAGACAAGGUAAGUUUUAAAUGCCAUUUUCGAUCCUGAAGAUUAUAUAGUAUAAAUGGCAACACCCAAUAAUCAAAUUGUUUUAUACUUGCAUUUUUUAAAACUAUUUUAUUAAAUUUGUAUGUACACUACCACAUCACAUUCUUUAUUUUUUCUUCACAUGCACAUCUGUGCAAAAGCUUGAAAAUAUUAAAUUUUUAUUAAAUAUUCAACAUUCUUUUUAGCAUGCAAAAUAUAGAAAAUAAUCAUGAUUUUAGAUACAAUUACUUAUUUUACUAAGCAUGGAAAAUAAAACAAUUUAGUAUAAAUAUAUUGAUUCAGUCAAAAAAUUAUUUAUUUCAUUUUAUUCAGGAAAUGAUGUAACUGUUUUAGAAUUUUCAUUCAAUAGUUUUUUAUUUCGAUGUAGCUAUUAGAUUUCUGGGUAAGAUUCUAAUAACUGCAUCGAAUAUAUUUGUAACUGUGUGAUAAAAUUUUCAUUUUUAUUAAUUCCUAAACUUUUUAAUAAUUAUCCUAUUUUAAAGUAAUUAUUACAUUCGUUAUCAGCACUUCAUGAUGCAUACUGAUCACAUAAUUCUAAAUGUUAGAUCUUCAUUGUUUCAUAUCAUUGUUCUAAUGUCUAACAAUAUUUUUUAAAAAAAUGAAUCUAAUGUAAAUAAAAUGUAUUGUAUGCAACUGAAAAAUGAAGAAUUUCACUAUAUUAAACAGUUGUGACUCCUGUUUGUUUUGAUUUUUGUAUUAUACUCUAAGCACUGAUGUACGGUUACAAUUAUUUAUACAAUGAAAUCUUUCAUUUAUAAAUGAAAAGUAGCAAUUUUUGUAUGUGUUUCUCUUUGCUAUUUCAAUGAAUUAAUAUUCAUAUUCAUUGUGUUAUAGUUCAUGAAAAUAGAUUUAUUUUCCACCCAUAAAUGUUGUUUGUUAUUGUUAAUGCUCAGCAAAUAAGCUCAGGCCAUUUGUUGAAUUAUGAAAGUUUAAAUUUAUGCAAUUUUUGCAUACCUUCAGAAAUAAUUAUGAGUAUUGAAAAGUUAACAUUAUCUGAGAUAAUUAUUUUUGCAUUUUGUUGAUAUUUUUAAAAUUUUGUUACUUUUAUAUAGAAAUUUGAUCUGUGACAAAAUUGCUCUCAGUUUAUAAAGAACAUCUUAGUACAAUUUAUGUAUUAAAACUGCAGAAUAUGUAUUUGCUAGCUAUAUGUGAUAAAUGCAUUUUUAUUGGAAUAAGAAUCUUGUUGGUGAUAUUUUAUUAUUUUUGGUGAAAGUUUAUUUGUAUUUUUCUGAAUUUUGAAACAAAUUAUGUAUUUUUGUUUUAUUUUGUUGGAAAUUAAUCUUUUUUUAUUAUUAUUAUUUUAAAUUUCUUUUUCUAGCUGCUACACUGAAAUAUGGGUUGCAUUGUAAUAAAGUUGGUGAAAGUAU